AUGGCGAAAAGUGCGAUGAAAGAGUGGUAUUUGAAUGUGCCUUGGGGAAAGUUAGCAAUGUUGUCCUGGGGUGAUUCCUCGCUGCCUUCAAUUCUGCUGGUGCACGGAUUCAUGGAUACAGCAGCCACAUUCAUACCCCUGGCCAACGCCAUGCCUGCUACUUUCCACUACGUCACAUUUGACUUGCCUGGCCACGGACAUUCGGACACGAUGCCGGGACCGCCUAUAUCCCCCCUACAUUUGGUGGAAACUAUACGGCAGAUAGUUGAGCAACUACGGUGGGAUACUUUCUACUGUGUCGCUCAUUCCAUGGGGUAUCUCAUUAGCGCAUAUUACAACGCAGUAUACCCUGGCCGAAUACGAAGGCUGGUGUCGCUGGCUGGCGCCAUCAGCAUCCAGCUGCACGGGCUGGUCGAACUGCCGAAGGACUGGUUCCACGUCAGCAUCGCCAGCUACUAUCGUCGCUAUUUCCAGCCUCCACCACCCUUAACCUACACAUAUAAGAAGGCAGUGGAAUCCCUUGCCAAGGCUCGAGACGUGAGUGAAGAAGACGCCACUAUCCUGGCGUCUCGAUGCCUUGAAUCAGUCGACGGAGACUAUAGGUUCACAUGGGACGUGAAAGCAAAAAAGAUCUACGUAUCCCCCAUCGCAGAAGACAUGAUGUACUCUAUCCUAUCCACCCCCACUCCCACACUAUGUCUCGUACCUACAGAGGAUAAAACACCGAUCACCUUCUUCGACUGUCAUGUCAAUAUGUUAGAGAGAUUAACCAAUGAGCGCUUUUUGCUGGUCAACGUGCCGGGCGGGCACAGCGUCCAUUUGAGCAAUCCGGAGUUCAUUGUACCCCAUAUUGUUAAGUUUUUUAAUGAAGAUGUAAGAUCGAAGUUGUAA